AUGGGGUCAUUACCCACCCAGACGAGCUUCGAUGUCGAAGACGUUCUUUCGCGGUUGAACACAGCAGAGAAAGUUGCCCUGUUGUCUGGCAUUGACUUCUGGCACACCGCUCCCGUACAUCGACUGGGAGUGCCAUCUAUACGGGUAUCCGAUGGCCCCAAUGGUGUUCGGGGGACUCGCUUCUUCAACGGCGUCCCGGCUGCCUGUCUUCCUUGUGGGACCGGACUUGCAGCCACGUGGGACACCAAGCUUGUCGGGAAGGGCGGAGCAUUGCAGGGUGCUGAGGCCAUCGCCAAGGGAGCAUCCGUCAUUCUCGGUCCGACCACAAACAUGCAGAGAUCACCAUUGGGCGGUCGUGGAUUUGAGAGUUUCAGCGAGGACCCAUAUCUUGCUGGAGCUAUGAGUGCAGCCACCAUCAACGGUAUCCAAUCGACUGGCGUUGCCGCAACAAUCAAACACUAUGUCUGCAACGACCAGGAGGAUCAAAGACAAGCCGUCGACAGUAUUCUGACAGAACGAGCCCUCCGAGAGAUCUACCUAAUGCCCUUCAUGAUCGCGCAGAGGGACUCGAAGCCAGAUUGCUACAUGACUGCUUACAACAAGGUUAAUGGUACACAUGCAAGCGAGAAUCCGCGGCUGAUCAAGGAUAUUCUUCGUCGUGAAUGGGGCUUUGACGGGUUAACAAUGAGCGACUGGUUCGGGACUUACUCAACCACCGAGGCAAUCAAAGCAGGCCUCGACCUUGAGAUGCCUGGCCCUACCUAUAUUCGGGGACACCUCAUCAACCAAGCCCUCGGCUGUGGCAAGCUUGCGUUACCUGACAUCGACGAAAGAGUUCGUGAAAUCCUCAAGCUGGUCAAGAAGGUCGAACCUCUUGGUAUCCCAGAAAACGCACCGGAGACCACGGUGGACUCUCCCGAAACUUCUGCUCUUCUUCGUUCGCUGUCAUCCAAUGGAAUCGUCCUGAUGAAAAAUGACAAUAAUAUUUUGCCAUUCGAGAAACAGAAAACUACUGCCAUCAUUGGUCCCAACGCGGCUUAUGCAGCUUAUUGUGGUGGCGGAUCAGCUUCACUGUUGCCAUACUAUGCUAUCAGCCCCCUUGAUGGUAUCCGGAAACAGGUGCCACAUGCGAAAUAUGCUCUGGGCGCACCAGGCUGGAAAGCGCUUCCACUCAUGACACGAUUGACCAAGACCAAGCAGAAUGAAAAUGGGUUGACGAUGAGAGUGUUUUUGGAGCCCGCCUCCGUAACAAAUCGCAAGGCCAUCGAUGAGGUCUCUGUGAACAAGUCGGAUAUUCUCUUGGUCGAUUACAAACACCCCUUGAUCAAAUCAUCUCUCUAUUGGCUCGAAUUGGAUGGUACCUUCACUCCUGAGGAGACCACCGACUAUGACUUCAGUCUGUGUUGCGCGGGAACGGGCAAAGUCUGGGUGAAUGGAAAAUGCGUCGUUGACAAUGAGACCCACCAACGCCCGGGUAGCUCGUUCUUUGGCGCUGGCACCGCAGAGGAGGUCGGAAGGAUGAGACUAGAAAAGGGAGAGACAUACGACAUCAAAGUCACCUUCGGCACGCUCCCGACCAUGACGUUCAGUACUCCGGGUACAACUGGCUUCGGUGCAGGAGGACUGAGGGUGGGACUCGAGCGCAAAGCCGAAAUUAAAACCGAAAUUGAAAAAGCAGUUCAGCUCGCGAAAGAGGUCGACCAAGUUAUCCUGUGCGCAGGGCUGAAUAGUGAGUGGGAAUCGGAAGGGUAUGACAGGGAACAUAUGGACCUACCACCGGGCAGUGACGAUCUCAUCAAGGCCGUUCUCGCCGCCAACCCCAACACCGCCAUCGUGAUCCAAUCUGGAACACCCGUCACUAUGCCCUGGCUGAAGGAUGCUCCCGCUGUCCUUCAAGCCUGGUACGGCGGUAAUGAGACAGGCAAUGCUAUUGCAGACGUCAUCUUCGCCAACACCAAUCCUAGCGGCAAGUUGCCCCUGAGCUUCCCAGUCAAGAACGAAGACAACCCAGCUUUCCUGAACUACAAAUCGGAACGCAACCGAGCCAUCUAUGGUGAAGAUGUCUAUGUCGGAUACCGGUUCUAUGAAAAGACCAAGAAGGAAGUCGCCUUCCCUUUCGGCCACGGUCUCAGCUACACGACUUUUGAGAUCAAAGAUGUGUCCGUCAGCGACGAAGAUGUCGAGAUCGUGGUCUCUGCUACGGUUUCAAACACCGGCAAGCUGGACGGCGCGCAGGUCGUCCAAGUCUACGUCGCACAACAAAACCCAAGCAUCAAUAGACCGCCCAAGGAAUUGAAAGGUUUCACCAAGGUCUUUGUGAAGGCUGGGGAGAGCGAGAAGGCCGAGAUCGUCAUCUCCAAGAAGUACGCCACGAGCUUCUGGGACGAAGCGAGGGAUUCGUGGGUGAUGGAGAAGGAUGUCUUUGAUGUCCUGGUGGGCGAUUCGAGUGCCAAUACGCCGCUCAAGAAGCAGAUUCGUGUGAACCAGACAGUUUGGUGGAGGGGAUUGUAA